UUGAUCAAUUUUCUCCCCUGAACAGUCAGUGCCAAAGCAUUAGCAACCGAGGUGACUGAGACAAUCAAAAUUAUGAAUUCAACAACAGUUGAUGAGAGCAGUUCAUUUAACGAGCGUCUGUCCGCUCCGAUUACCCAGAAUGCUUCGCUUGUUGCCGUCUGUCGAAGGAGUGACUGUGUAGAAUAGACUCAGCUGCAUUUGACAUUCAUGAAGUUACCGUUACUAUGCGACUUUAUUGUAUGAAAUAAGAUAAAAGAGGGAACGAAAAUAACAGAGGAAGGGGAAAUCUGUUGUUGUCAGUACGCCAGCAAUGCCUCUCUUCACGACCAACCCUUUUGACCAAGAUGUUGAGAAAGCAACCAGUGAGAUGAACACAGCGGAAGACUGGGGCCUCAUUCUGGACAUAUGUGAUAAGAUAGGACAGUCGCGCACGGGGCCUAAAGAAUGUCUCCGCUCUAUUAUGAGAAGAGUGAAUCACAAGGACCCUCAUGUGGCCAUGCAGGCAUUGACUCUCCUUGGUGCUUGUGUCUCAAACUGUGGGAAGAUAUUCCAUUUGGAGGUGUGCUCCAGAGAGUUUGCCAGUGAAGUCAGUAACGUCUUAAACAAGGGCCACCCCAAAGUGUGUGAGAAGCUGAAAGCCCUGAUGGUGGAGUGGGCCGAGGACUUCCGCAACGAUCCCCAACUCAGCCUCAUCUCAGCUAUGAUCAAGAAUCUACGCGAGCAAGGAGUCACUUUCCCAGCCGUCGGGUCCCAGGCUGCAGAGCAAGCAAAAGCAAGCCCUGCUUUAGUGGCAAAGGAUCCCUCCACCUCAACAAAAAAGAAAGAAGAAGACGACUUGGCCAAAGGUAAGGAGGCGUAUAGCUGAUUAUCAGAACAAAGAAAUGCUUAUUUAAAUGUAUUUGUGUUAUCCUUAAAACACAUGCAUAGCAACCCUUUAAAGGUGGGCUAGGUAAGAAGUGGCAGAUUUGUUCCGGCUGUGUAUUUUCUAAUUGUAGCGCACUCGAGCUGGUUUCUCCNUUGUUUCAGUGACCCCAACUGGUGGAAAGGGGAAACGUACCAGGGAGUGGGUUUGUUCCCCUCUAACUUUGUCACCGCCGACCUCACUGCAGAGCCAGAGAUGAUGAAGACGGAGAAGAAGUCUGUCCAGUUCAGUGAGGAAGUCCAGGUGGAGACCAUAGAGCCCGAGCAGGAGUCUGUGUUUAUAGACGAAGACAAAAUGGACCAGCUGCUGCAGAUGAUCCAGAGUGCCGAUCCCACAGACAACCAGUCGGACAGCGUGGAGCUACUACAGCUGGAAGGUGCCUGCAAUCAAAUGGGACCGCUCAUCGACCAGAAGUUGGAUGAUAUAGACAGGAAGCACUCGGAGCUGUCGGAGCUGAAUGUGAAGGUGAUGGAGGCUCUGUCUCUGUACGCCAAGAUAAUGAAUGACGAUCCGGUUUACGCCAUGUACGCCAAGCUCCAGAGCCAACAGUACUACAUGCAGCAGCCGGGCAACGCAGCGCAGCAGGUGUACCCAGGUCAGCCUGCAUCAGGUUCUUACGCCAUGAGCGGCCCCGCAGUGCAGGGUUACUCUGUUCCUAUGGAGCAGCUCCCAGCGGGCCCCCCUAUUCCUGGACAGCCGGCCCCCAGUGAUGUUCAUAUGUACAUGGGCCAGCCGCCGGUCUACACUGCAGCUCCAGGCAGCGUGGCCCCUGCAGACAUGCAGGCCUACCAGAGUGCAGGGGGGGCCCCGGGCCCCUGCAUGACGCAGACGCCAAACUACAGCAACGCCUCCGGCCAGAGCAUAGCCCCUUCCUCAGAGCAAGCCCUGCUAUAGGGCCCCUCAGAUCCCCGUUACCCUCACACGCAAACACAUGCACCACACCUGCAGCCGUGCAUCAUCUCUUAUGUUACACUUAGAUUUGUUUUAUCAUGGAAUCAUUUAAGAGUAGAAUAACGCUAUCAUUGGGCACUCUGUGUGGUUUUAUCUGGCAGGUAAAUAUACUGUUAUACUUCUCACUCCAGGUUUUUAGUUAAGGAUGUUUCACUCUUCUCCGUAUCUUUACAUGACUCAGAGGUGAAGACUCAGAGGAGCCUCCAGUUGCACUUUUAUCUUUAGUUGCACUUUCUUUUAGGAUUUGUUCAUCACUCAAGCCUGAUCACUUCUAAAUCUAGACCUGAUAUCAAUAUUUGCAUUCUCCAUUUGUAUAUGCAAAACCUGCAUCUAUUGCUUCCUUUUAACAAUAGGGCUAUGGGAACAUUGCGGUAAUGCUUUAUUUUAUGGGUUGGAACAUAUUUGAUACCAAUAAAAGAGGAAGUGAUGCAACAUUAAUUGAUUUGCCCUAAUGAAAAGCUAAGAAGUAAAUAUUCAUUCAUUCAUUAGCCCUAUAUCAUUGCAAACUUUAUUUUUCGAACUGUAUAUAUUUUUGCAUGUUCAGCAAACAUACUGUGUAAUGAUUUCAAAACGUUGUAGGUUACGCUUAUUUUUAAUUGAUUAAUUAGAAGUGGAUUGAUAUGUUAUGUACAGUAUUUAACCUUUUUAAUUUAGUAUCAAAGUCCACAGUUUGUUCAUAGAAACUUCCUUGAAAAUUGGUAACAAGUAACAAUCCUUUAAUAUAAAGUGUUAACAAAAAUGCUCUGAGAUAGAAAGUGUUCGUGCAGCCGUUUCAACAAAAAGAAACUAUUUGAUCAAGUGUGAAAUACACACGGGCAUUCCUUCUCACCACCUUUCAAGAUGCACACUGGAGCUACAUACACACUACAGGCAGGUGUACAGACACACACACACACACACACACACACACACACAGUUGCACCAGGUGGUCCACACAUCCUCAGCAGUGUUAUCAUUGAACGUCACUGACACACUAACAUGCCGCAGCCUUCCCACACACUUAAAGCCCCUGCAGUGCUAAUGGUGUCACCCAAAAAAAGGGGCGUCGACUUACUUUCACUUUGGGUUUUUUCAGAAAAAGGACUUUUAGCGAUGCUGCAAACGUUAGGUCACUACAUUCUGUAUAUGUCGUCAACUUUUAGAAGUACUGAAAACUGAAGCCACUUUGUUAUUUUGGAGGGAAGAAGAAACCGGAGGAAUUGAAGCAUGCACAUGACUCCUGUAUAUACUGUACCAAACUCGUAGUGACGCCACGUGACGAGUUCAUUGUCGGUCGGGAUGUUAGCACAGCGCCGAGUGAUUCUCUCAGCCUUAGAGGUGAACUCUGCAGUCAGGAUCUCCCCGCUGAACUGAAGGUGUAAAAGCCAAAAAAGAACAAAGUGAAAUCUGCCAGAAAACAAGAUAUUUGCUCUUUUAUUUGUAUUUUCUCAACAUAACUCACCCUUUUCAUCAAACUGCAGAGUUUUCCUUUUAAAAAAUGAGCAGCUCUACGUCCUUGUUGUGGGUUUGCUCCAUCUCCAUUCAGGCGCUGUGCUAACGGCCACUAAGGGGCGCCCUCUCCGAACAGCCCCAGUGUCUUUAAAGCAUCUCUAGUCAGUGUUAAGAAAUGAAUACUAUGUGGGUUUUUUUGUAGUGCAUUUUAAUGUAUGUUUUGAUUAUUGUUAUGCUAUUUUAAAUGGAGAAGCAGUUCAGGAUUGUAUGUAUUCAGAGAAAAGUGGAAUAUGUAAUAUUCUGUCUAACUUAGUUGUAUAUUUAAAUCGCUCACAUGAGAACAUGGACAUUUCUCUCAGUGUUUGAUACAUGCUUAUUGUACUGUAGGGUCAAAUGGUAAUGUGAAAAAAACGGAUCGUACCUCCCCCCCAUUGCAUUUCAAACCCUUUCUCGAAGCUGUCUAACACUAAAACAAAUUCUACCUGAAAAAGAACCGAAAUAAGGAUUUAUGAUUCUGGACAGCACCGUCAACACGUGUUUCUCUAAGGAGCUCCGUUACAGUGACACCUGUGGAUCUAAUGAAGUUUUUCAAACACUGACUGGUUUGAAGUUUUGAAGAAACAGGAAUAUUAUGUAUCUGUUGUUUAAUAUUGAAUGAUGCUACAUGAAGGAGUUAUGAUCCAAUGAAAUCAGGACAAAUGUGUGCUGAUCUGAUUUGUGUGUCAUUUCAAUUUCUCCUCCUUGCCACCCCUGUGCCACCUUUUAAGAAUAUAUAACACCCUCCAAAUUCAGCUCUGGGACUAGGAGGCCAUUCAAUUCUCUCGAACUGUUCAGAUUUUAGCAUUCCUAAAGUUGAUUUGAAAGACAAGAUAUCUUUCUUUUGCUGCCUUCAACUAAAGAGUGGAGUAGUGUUAAUCUGUUGAGUCAAAGAGGGCUGAAUAUAUUCAAAGGUAGCAGCUGUUCUGGGACAGGAGCCAGUAAUUCCCCCUCAUAUCCAAAUCUAACAUGUUGUUGCACUGCAGCCCCGGUGUGACCUGCACAGGAUUGAGAUGCCGCCUGUUUUUAAGUUUUAAACACACUUAUUGUAAAGGUUCAGUCUAAUCUUGUAUCCUGCUGUUUGUAUGUAUUAUUUAACCAUACUUAUUAAUUGGUAUUCACAAUAAAACCAGGCCAAAUGUACAGAAUAAUA